UUAUAUUAUAUUUACUUUAAUAUAAAUAAAUAAAAAUUAUAUAUUAGUUGUCAUUUUGUUUUUAUACAAUCAAAAUAUGAACAUAACUUUUAACGAACAUUUUGUGGAACCUAAGAUAAUUGGGAAUGGUAAUUUUGGAACAGUGUACCAGGUCAAUUACAAAAUUGAUAACCAAUUAUAUGCAAUCAAAAAAAUACCAUUAAAUGAUGUAAUGCUAGAGAAAGAGUUAACAAAAGAUGAUGUCCUCAGACUUAUCAAUCAAGAGGUGGAAAUGUUGAUGAAAAUUGCCAAAAAUGGUAACAAAUAUGUUGUCCAAUAUUAUCAUCAUUGGUGUGAAAGUAGUCUUAAAAAGGAUAAGGUUUCAAAUGAUGUCUAUUAUAUUCAAAUGGAGUUAUGUUCACAAAGUUUAGAUGAUGUGAUUCAAGCAAUUAAUAGUUUACGAAAUGAAAAGUCAAAUGACAUACUAAAGGACAGACAGUCAUAUAUAUAUGAUAUUAAAAUUGUAAUUAAUUUUUUAUGCGGACAACUGUUCAGAGAAACGGUAGAGUGUGUCAACUAUUUACACAAAAGUGAACCGAAGAUCAUUCACCGCGACUUAAAGCCACAGAAUAUUCUGGUCGUCGGUAAUGUAGUGAACAAUCGGUUCCUAAAGUUGUGUGACUUUAAUAUGUCUAAAGCACAUGAAUGGUCUACUAUGAGCAACACUUCACGUGUCGGCACUUUUAAGUAUACGGCCCCAGAAGUCUUGAAUGGACACAAAUAUAAUACUAUGGCUGAUAUAUAUAGUCUUAGUUUUAUUGCUCAGGACUUGUUUCAGGUUGACAUAUAUGGCUCAGAGGAAGGAACUGAUCCAAUGGCUUGUUUGAAGAAAUUAUUGGCCCAAAUGAUUGACCAUUUCUUUGAGGACAGACCUAAAUGCAGUGAAAUACUUGUCCGACAAAAUGAGUGGCUUAUCAAUGAAGAAACAGUUAAAUGUUUGACAUUUAUUAAGUUAAUAAAAGACAAAUUGUUGAAUGAAAAUAAUAGAUUUUUAUACCAAUACUUAUUACAUCAUUUAUCAAAACAAUCUCAACACUAAAUUUAUUAUUGAAAUGUAAUUUUUUUAAAAUAUAAUAUUAUUAGUUUUUUAUAAAUUCAAUUUACAAAAUUUAUUUUGUCAUUU